AGAAUGUGUUGGCGCCCUCUUAUGGCCAUUUUCCAAAGUGCUUGUGGCCUCUUCCUGUUUCAAUAGAAGGGUGGGACAGACGGAAGUAGCAUCAGACGGUGCUAAUAAUUCUCUUAGAGCAGUUGAAUUGCUCAUUUAUCACCCAACAUGCCGGCGUAUCACUCAACCAUGCAGGAGGAGAACACCAGAACAGUGGGGAACAUGGCUUUACUCCCCCUGAAAACUCAGUUUAAGGGACCGGCGAGAGGAGACGGAAUCGACUCAGACAUAAUUGAUGAGGCCAUCUACUACUUCAAGGCCAAUGUUUUCUUUAAGAACUAUGAAAUCAAGAAUGAGGCAGACAGGACACUGAUCUACAUCACACUCUACAUUUCAGAGUGUCUAAAGAAGCUGCAAAAGUGCAGCUCCAGGGGUCAAGGGGAGAAGGAGAUGUACACGCUGGGCAUCACAAACUUUCCCAUUCCAGGAGAGCCCGGCUUCCCGCUCAACGCCAUGUAUGCCAAGCCGGCUAACAAGCAGGAGGAAGAUACCAUGAGGUUGUACCUCCAGCAGAUCAGACAGGAGACUGGCUUGAGGCUAUGUGACCGCGUGUUCGACCCCCAGACAGAUAAACCCAGCAAGUGGUGGAUGUGUUUCGUCAAGAAGCAGUUCAUGAACAAGAGCCUGUCUGCUCCAGGACAGUAAACAAGCAGCAAGACGGACGCUUAUUUCGGGUGGUUGGAUCUGUUUUUUUUGUGCAAUUUUAUACUCUUUAAGUUCACAAGGAUGUCUCCUUGCUUUUCUGUGGACGUUGUUCAAAUUGAGCUGGUGCUUAAUUCAAUAAAGCAGUUAUGGAUCUGGGACAA